AUGAUGGGGAAGUCUUAUGAAGAGCGACGGGAUGCAGCCGAUCGAUCUUCGAAAGAGGAAGCCAAGCCUCACGGCGCACCUGCCAUCACAUGGGAGUCUGAUCUUGUCGUUGCAAAGACGCUGCCAGCGCCCUCGGAGCCCGCGGACGGAACGUCAGCCGAAAUUGCAAAAGAUGGCCCCGCUCUCGGUUCAGAAGCCGAAGAAGAUGCGGAAAUGGUACUUCACCGGCCCCUGGUCGAUCCGCUGGUCAACGACUUGGACCGCCACUCGCGCUACUAUUUAUACCAUUUUGCAACCCAAUUGUGCGAGGACAUGGUUGUGUACGACAUGCCAGGGCGCAAUCCCAUCCGCGAUCUGAUACCAGCAACAUCCGCGUACCCAUUACUGCUGCAGAUCAUCGUUGCCAACUCGGCCUUCCACGUCUUCAAUAUAUCGCGUAAUCCUAUGGGCCAAUCAACGUAUCAAGCUCAGCAAAGCUCUUGUCUCGUCGCGUACUAUCAAGCAGUCAGUAGGUUCGGUGGACCACUGCAGUCUUCAUAUCGAGACGCACUCACUGCAAAGACCAAUGCACUAUCACUACUGGCACAGAAUGUUGCUUCUGUCACUCCGGCCAACAUUGACCUGGUCCUGGUGACCAUCCUGCUCUUCGUCAACUACACUCUCGUCGAGUCUGGCAAGGACAAGUGGAAAGUGCACAUGGAUGGUGCGCUGUCUCUGAUCAAGCUUCUAGGAGAACCUCCUUACUUACAACGACCGAUGAGCAGACUACGUCUUACCAUCCUUUCUGACCUCCUGAUCUUCUACGUUCUCGGGUCUACCCUGUCAUUCUCGACGAUGUCCAAGUUCGUGCCGGAUACAAUUGACCUAGAGCCGAUUUUACGCUAUGCAGAGACGAACAACUACCUUUCGAUGCCAUCACCUCUUCUUCGCAUCAUGCUCGAAUCCUUCGAACUCCCAGACUCUCGCGAUGGCACGUCUGGUAACCUGAGAGACAACAUCCAGAUGCAAGUAGGUGUUCUGCUGCAACGGGCGCUUGACUUCGAUCCCAUCACGUGGUCAUUCGAUUUCGAACCUGCUUCACCUUUCGAAGACUUGAAGCAGCGUGUUCGUAUUGCCUCCGCGCAUCGUUCUGCAGUCUGCAUCUACCUCGCUCGAGUGCUCCCUGCUACCCACCCGCUCCUCGAUCCUGCCAGCGACACAGCCCUUGUCAACUUGACAAUGCUCGCCAACGAUGUCGUUCAGCAUAUAUCACACCUCAAACCUGGCGACGCAGUCUUCAAGUGCAUAUGCUGGCCGCUGUUCUUGGCUGGUGCCGAAUCUGAGGACCCUGCACAGCGCGAGUGGAUUAUGAACAUAUUGGACACGCUGUAUAGCGAGAUGUACUGGGGCUAUCUGCAUACAGUCAAGAGGGUGCUGGAAACCAUAUGGAUGUGCAAAGACCGAGCAGAAUUGGGGGCGGACAACUGCUGGGUAGACGAGGUAAAGGAGAUGGGGACCGACGUCCUCAUUGCUUGA